AUGGACGUGGACGUGGACAUGGACGUGGACGUGGACGUGGACGUGGUCGUGGACGUGGACGUGGACAUGGUCGUGGACGUGGACGUAGACGUGGACGUGGUCGUGGACGUGGACGUGGACGUGGACGUGGACGUGGAGGACUUGGACGUGGACAUGGACGUGGACAUGGACAUGGACGUGGACGUGGACGUGGACGUGGACGUGAACGUGGACAUGGACGUGGACGUGGACGUGGACGUGGACGUGGACGUGGACAUGGACGGUGACGUGGACGUGGACGUGGACGUGGACAUGGACGUGGACGUGGACGUGGACGUGGACGUGGACGUGGACGUGGACAUGGACGUGGACGUGGACGUGGACGUGGACAUGGACGUGGACAUGGACGUGGACGUGGACAUGGACGUGGACAUGGACGUGGACGUGGACGUGGACGUGGACAUGGACGUGGACGUGGACGUGGACAUGGACGUGGACGUGGACGUGGAUGUGGACAUGGACGUGGACAUGGACGUGGACGUGGACAUGGACGUGGACAUGGACGUGGACAUGGACGUGGACGUAGACGUGGACAUGGACGUGGACGUGGACAUGGAUAUGGACGUGGACGUGGACGUGGACGUGGUCGUGGACGUGGACGUGGACGUGGACGUGGACAUGGACGUGGACGUGGACAUGGACGUGGAUAUGGACGUGGACAUGGACGGACGUGGACGUGGACAUGGACGUGGACAUGGACGUGGACGUGGACGUGGACGUGGACAUGGACAUGGACGUGGAUAUGGACGUGGACGUGGACAUGGACGUGGACAUGGACGUGUACGUGGACGUGGACGUGGACAUGGACGUGGACGUGGACGUGGACGUGGACGUGGUCGUGGAGGUGGACGUGGACGUGGACAUGGUCGUGGACGUGGACGUAGACGUGGACGUGGUCGUGGAGGUGGACGUAGACGUGGACGUGGACGUGGAGGACUUGGACGUGGACAUGGACGUGGACAUGGACAUGGACGUGGAUGUGGACGUGGACGUGGACGUGGACAUGGACAUGGACGUGGACGUGGACGUCGACGUGGACGUGGACAUGGACGUGGACAUGGACGGUGA